UACUCCCUCCGUGGGAUCUAUCUUUGCCUGUAAGUAGUAGAAACCUUUUCCAAACACUUCUCUCUCCGUCUCCAACAACGCCACGGCUUCUCCGAACCCACACAAGAAAAAAACCCUCCUUUGUUAUCUCCAAAUACCUUUCACUGUUCGGUGGCCUAAAACCAAAACUGUCUUUUUGGAAUGGUCAUGUUCGACACUUGUCUUCGUCGUCGUCAUCAUCAUUAGCAAUGGACUUGAAGAAACUCGCUUUUUCAGAUCAGUUUCCGUACUGUUCAUCGCCUGGAAGAAGGAAGAUCGUUUCUGGGUUUGGUUUAGGGGUUGUGGUCUCUCUCAUUGUUCUCAGUCUUGUACUCUUCAAUGUCUCUGUUCAUGCCCCUUUCUUCCCCCCAGUGUUUCAAGUCUCUUGGCCUUUCUCUUUUUCAUCCACUGCAAGUUCUAGUUCUGCUUCUGGGGGAUUGCAGAGCUCUGUGGAUGAUUUGAAACAGAGAGUUGGAGGGGGAAGGGUUGUAGAUAAAACCCAUGAAGCAAAUUCAUCUGUGAUUACUGAAAAUGGAAGUUUUGUGGGCUCCAAUGGGGAAAGUGUAGGUUUGGAGGAGACCCAUGUGUCUUCUUCUUCUGAAAGAUUGCAGAAUUCUGUGGAUUUGAAACGAAGUGUUGGAGAAGGAAGGGUUGGAGAUCAAACCCAUCAAGCAGAUGUGUCGGUGAUUACACAAAAUGGAAAUAAUGCGAGUUUGGAGAAGACCCAUGUGGGGAAUUUCUCUGAGAAGGUAAAAAAUGGAAGCGUCAAUGGAGAUUUUGUUGCGGGGAAGAGUGUUAUUGGAGAGAAUGUAGGUUUUACAGAUAAUUCCAGUACUGGAAAGUUGAUGUCAUCUGAGAAAACUAAUAGUAUCAAUGUCACUGGCUCUGUUUCUCAAUCUAUGGAAGGGCACAGUGGUUUUAAAGGAAAAUGUGAUUUGUUUGAUGGAAGAUGGGUGAGAGAUGAUGCAAAGCCAUAUUAUCCUGGGGGUUCUUGCCCUUACAUUGAUAGGGAUUUUGAUUGUCAUCUUAAUAGGAGGCCUGAUGAUGGGUUUUUGAAAUGGAAAUGGCAACCAUAUGGUUGUGACAUCCCAAGGUUUGAAUUACCCAAUGAGGAUUUUUUUAAUAUUCCGUUGAUGAACGAUGUUAUCCUCAGUUUGAACGCGACUGAUUUUCUGGAAAGACUCAGAGGGAAGAAGCUGGUUUUUGUGGGCGAUUCGCUUAAUAGGAACAUGUGGGAGUCUCUUGUUUGCAUCCUCCGUCAGAGUAUCCGUAACAAGAAGAGAGUUUACGAGAUAUCUGGAAGGCAAGACUUCAAAAAGAAGGGUUUCUAUGCAUUCAGAUUCGAGGAUUAUAACUGUACUGUGGAUUUUGUUAGCGCUCCAUUUCUUGUCAGAGAAUCAUCUUUUAAUGGUAGAAAUGGUUCUAUUGAGACGCUACGAUUGGAUUUGAUGGACAAGACAACCUUGAUGUAUCAUGAUGCUGAUAUUGUAGUCUUCAAUACGGGCCAUUGGUGGACUCAUGAGAAAACCUCCAGAGGAGAAGAUUAUUACCAGGAAGGUAACCAUAUAUACCCAAGACUCAAGGUCCUAGAAGCAUACAAGAGGGCAAUCACCACUUGGGCCAGAUGGGUUGAUAAGAAUAUAGACGGAAGCAGAACUCAGGUUAUCUUUAGAGGAUAUUCCGUCACGCAUUUCAGUGGAGGACAGUGGAACUCAGGAGGGCAGUGCCACAAAGAAACCGAGCCAAUCUUCAACGAAACAUACCUAGCGAAAUACCCAUCAAAGAUGAGAGCUUUAGAGUAUGUGAUUCAAGAAAUGAAAACUCCUGUAAUAUAUCUCAACAUAAGUAGGCUUACCGAUUACAGAAAAGACGGCCACCCUUCAAUUUACAGAAAAGAAUACAAGACAGUUGAAGAACAGAUUGCUGCUGCUCAGUCUCAAGAUUGCAGCCAUUGGUGUUUACCGGGAGUACCGGACACUUGGAAUGAGUUGCUUUAUGCUUCUCUCUUGCAAGCUGGUAAACGUUCUUGGAGAAGAUGAUUUGAAAAUUCACAAAAAAUCAAAUGUGACAUAAUAAUAAGCUCUUUAUUUUCAUGUUCAAAUUCCUUGUCUUUUUCUUCUGUCAGAUGUGAGGUUGCACAAACGCAAGUGUAGUUGGUUGAGUUCUAGCUUAUACAAAUUCAGAAUUUGUAGAGUCAUGACAUUGAUGUGUAUAUUUUUACAUUUUUGGUUGUUGUGGAUGGAAUAAGAUUGAGUUAAUUUACUAAA